UAGUAGAAAUGGCAGCAGCAGCAGUAAUGUUAUAGAUUGUCCUUGUUAAAUAAGAUCAGACAAUUUUCGCACAAUUCUAAAUUAGUUUUUCGAAACACAAUAGAGUGAACUACAAGGCAUUGCUACGGAAUAUUGUAAAACGGUUCAAUCCAUACCGAGUCGCCGGGUGCUUAAUACGAUAUCCUUCGUGGCAGCAGCUAUAGUUUUCACCUUCGAUUCCAGUUUACAAAAUUCUUGCCAUUGAAGUGAUUGGUACGUUUGUUACCGCUAACACCGGAUUAAAUUUGUAGAAUUUCGCAACAAUGUCAAAAAUACCAACUGAAGCAAACAAAAAGUCUUGUUUGUGCUUCGUUGGACGUUGGUUGUGGUGCGGUUAUGUACUGUUACUCCAAGUACCCUCGAUCAAUGGUGCAUAUGGAAAUGUUGUGUCCCUGCCAGGGGAGUGCCGAGAUGUGAAUGGCAAGAAAGUGGAGCAAGGUGAAACGAAUUGAGCUAGGCAACUUCUGUCGAUCCUUCGUGACUCAAUGUUGUUGUAAAUGUGUUGUUGUUCUUCUUAUCGUUCGUAGAUGCGCAUUAUGUUCCUCCAGGAUCGGAUACCUGUCGCUUAUGUUUAUGUGACAAUGGCCAUCCAAAGGCAUGCAAGGCAGUGCUUUGCUCGCCUCCUCACGAUUGCAAAUCCUUUCAGAUUGGUAGCUCCUGCUGCGAGUUCAUUUGCUUGGAUGAUACAAUAGGCAACACGGCAGAUAAAACCUACGACGUCGGCAUGUGACUAGUGGCAACUGGAGUGAUCGUAACUUUUUCGUUGACCCUGCUCUUCUUCGUCAUUAGUCGCUUAAGGCAUCGCAAAACUCGUGCCCAGGAAGGUCGCGAAGUCAUCGAUGAUCCUAACCAACGCAACUUGGUGAACAAUGUGGGCUACAUGGGAGGCAGUAUUGGUUAUCUUGGUGGAGGCACAAUGAACAUGGACUAUUCAUACGUCGACCACGCUGUCGCUCCGCACUACCAGCUAUGGAAACCUCCGGGAGCGUAUUAUACACGGGGCGAAGCUCCACCACCUUACGAAGAGGCGAUAGCCAUCGCUCAUGCAGAAUCGCUCAGUUCGUGUACUGUAAGUGUCGCUACAUCGACGGGGCGGAAUUUUCCACUAGGAGUUGUGCAAGAUUCUGAUGCUGUUCCGAACAUUACGGCAAACACUACGAAUUUAAUAAGCAUUAAUAUUAACGGUACAGGAGCUGGCGCUAAUGUCACCGAGAUUGGCAGUGCGGAUAGUAGCAUGGGAGCACGCAGCGUGGCCACUAUCACCAACACUGAUCCGCCAUUCGUAACCUCCAGUAAUCGUGGUAGCGGCCUUAAUGGACGCUCCUCAGCCAACGUUUUGACCGGAGGGGAUAGGCAUAGUGGUGAGACGAACGAGGACACAUCGAUGACAAUUUACAAUCAUCACUCAUCAAAUCUUAUGCACCAAAGCGACAUAAUGGAUGCAAAUGAUGGGAGCCUCUGUGAGAACGUUAAUCUUAGCAGCAAUCACCAUUGCACUGGAAGCAACCCGAUGUCAUUCAGCAGCGUGGGAUCAGAUCUGUGCAUGAAUGCCAGCUGCGAACUAAAUAUUAGUGCUCAUCAAUGUAACUUUACGCAUCACACAGUCGCUGUGGCUGCCGUGAACGUUAGUUCCGGAGAGUUUAGUGAAACAGGAGUUCAUAGAAUAGCGCCAAAAGAGGACCAUUGCUCUUCCAUGCUUCAUAAUUCCAGCCGUCUAUCGGAUGGGGUCGACAAGUUUGCGGAUGCCAGUCAUCACCGCCAUUGUCAACCGACGGGCAUUGGGAACUGUGCAGACGAAAAUUCCCAACUACCAACAUCUUCUCAAUCUCCAAUAUCACAAUCAUUGAUGCAAUCCGUCCCGGUACCAGCAAUGUUCAACGAUGAUAUGAUAAGCGACAGUAAGUUAAGCAGCUAUUCGGACAAAUCCACUGACGUGAUCAAAAACCGAAUAACGGGGAAAAAAUACCAUCGUACGAUUCCUCGCCAUUUCUCCGUGGUGGAUCCUAUAAUCAAUCCGAUUAAGACAAACUUUAUGGCAUCAGCAGUGACGACUACGGCGACGACACCUUCGGAUUCUUCAACAUCGUAUGCGCCGAUACAGCAAGACCGUAUGCCGGCAGACAGCCGUGAUAAGCAAUGUUCGCAGCGAAUACCUGCACCAGGGCCGGGAAGUGUUACACCAGCGCCAAACAUAAUUCUGUCUACUGAAAGUGGAAAUGCGACCUCCGGAAACCGAAAGAUUUGUCAAUGUCCAGUACAGCAUAAAGCCUUGUCGGGAUAUCAGUCCACUGCUCUGGGUAGGUCGUCGGGUCCGUCAUCGAUUUCUGGCGACGAAAGUUAUCGCAGCCAACGCACAUCGGCCGAUAUCUUGCCUAAUCGCGGUGAUGCUUCCAGUAAACCAAAACCCGGGGGACAUGGUGAUCUACUCAUAGUUGCGAGCAAAAGAAGCAAUGCACUGGGAACUAUGAGAGACAGCUACACGACGGAAAGAACUCCAAUCCCGAGAGCCAAUGACUUGGGGCUGAUGAAUCAACGGUAUCAUGAAAAGGAGCAUCGCAAGACGGCUUCCUCGUUUGCGGACGGCAUAGCUACAGGCACGGGAGGAAACAGAGUUAAGGCCAAGCAGCACAACAGCUAUCAACAUCGUCCGCACUCAGAUCACGGCUCACAUAUCGGUGCAUCGGAACGCAAAGUUAUAACGCAAGUACCGUUGGACGAGCUUAUGUCCACACGUUUUACGACCAGACCGGGAAUCGAGCAUGAAGAGCGUACACACACUUUACUAAAAAAAUCUUCGCUAAACAUGAACAUGGAGAAUGAUGCUACCAGUGCUCUGCACAAUCCAAUUCUACCCCCUAAAGCUAAAAAACAGCAACAUCAUCAACAUCCCCACCAAAGUCAGGCAUUUAACAAAACUAUAGCUGCUGCAAAUCAACAGCAACUGCGCGACGUUAGUUUAGGGCAUCAGAAACUCAUUUCCCUCCCGGAAAAGGCUAACGAUACUAACAGCUGUGGAGGAAACGCCAAAUUGCGCGAACUUCGAAAGUCGCCCAUCCACGCUAACCACGAUACUGGAGGAAUGCUUAAGGUGUGUAACAACAAUGGUUUGGCCAAUGGAUUUUCAAAUUCCUUGCCGAGACACUCGUUCACUGCUGCACGCAACUAUGAAAGGAAGCAGCGCAAUGAGAGUUUGAUGUCCAACAACCUCAGUAUAGGUUCAAAAUCGAACAGGACCGAUGCGGCGGACAGUGGAUUGAUGCAAGAAAGGGUAGUAUACGAUAGUAAUACGCUGCCGAAAAAUCUGCCCAACAACAAUGGGCGCAAAACCAGCUUGGUCACGGAAGCGGUAAAUCAUAUACCUCCCAUCAUAAACAUCCCAGUUACUUCGCACAGCGCAAUGGCAUUCGGAAUAAACACUAAAUCCAACCACCAAAGCUCCAAUACCAUUCAUCGCUCCGGUACUGCUAACGCUACAGCAGCAGCAGCAGAAAGCGGCAACCAUCCGUCUGCAGUUGCUGCGCACGGUUCGACGCAAAGCGCGCUAGAAGUGAGCGUGAUGGGUACACACGCACAAAUUCCUGCCGGAACCGGGAACAGUGAUGAGGGCGGGACCAACAGUAAUCCAACCAGACAACCGAUUCUUCUGCCAUUGCCCGUGCUGAUGACAACGCUUACAAAUUGUGCCAAUCCGCGGGAACACAUCCUACCGAACGACAACAGUCUUGAUGAGGACUAUCUGAGCGAAUGUGAGAAUUGCAAAUCUUCCGCUAACAACAUGCGCUACUAUCUCGACAUAGAAGAAGGUAAUAAAACCUGCGCUCCUAUACAAGAAACGAUGACACUGCAAAGGAAAAUACCAGACGCUGCCGAGGAGGAACAGCAGAACUACUAUCGCGUGUCUUCGACAUUGCCGACUAAUACCAGCAAACGAAAUGUACCACUUGUCAACAAAGAUCGAGUUGCAUGGUUUUCUACUAUACCGGCUAGUUCGUCAUCGGACGACGAAGAAGCAUGCGAAUGAAAUAAUUACACCGUAAACUAAUUCUACGAAUCAUUGUUAGCAAAUGGGUAGAGCGCCCAAUGACAAGUUGAUGGAGAGGGAUUGCCAUUUUUCAUUGCAGUAAGGAAACAAAUAAAUAAAUAAAAUCUUCACUACGUGGAAAUAUUUAGAGUAAAAGUAGUAUUUAAAGUCCGAUACCAGUAUGUCGAAAACAUCAGCGCAAGAAUUCAAAUCCAUAAAAAAACCAGAUAUAGUAUUAGUUGUGAGCAUCGUCAAGGGUUGUCGUAAAACUCCAAACAAUGUUCGUAAGGAUUACCUGUAAACUGACAAGUUGGUGUAUAUCUAUUUUUGUCAAAAUUCUAACUCGAGGAACCAGGAAAAUAAAAGAUUAUGUGCAAAACCAA